ACAAUCCCAACAGUAUGUGGCAAAUUUGGAAAGAGCUAUUUUUACAGGUUCUAGAUAAACAUGCCCCUCUUCAAAAUAAAAAGAUAAAAUCUAAAAAACUACGUUGGAUUACUAAUCAUAUUAAACAAAUGAUAAUCACAAGGGAUAAAUUGAAAAGAAGAGCAAUCGUAACGAAACUUGAGUCAGAUUGGGAAAACUAUAAAAGAGCCAGGAAUGAAACAAAUACUCAGUUAAGACUGGCUAAAAAAGAGUAUUACACCAAUAAAAUUUCUUCUGAGAGCCAAAAUCCAAAAGCUGCUUGGAAGACAAUUAAUAGUUUAAUUG